CAUAUUCGCGAUACAUAUACUGUGCAACGAAUUUACGAUUCAUUUACCGGAUUUGACGUGAAUAUAGUUGAUAUAUUUGUGAGCGAAGUGACAACGCGAAAAUUGUGAGAUAACAAAGAACUUUUAGCUUGUGAAAAAUAAACAUUAUUUAUAUUCAGUGUUUGAAAGUGCAUAAGAUUUAUUAUUGGACACACAAUUGUAAAAAAAGUUUUACAGAAGUUGAUAAUCUUAAUAUGGUCCAGGGUCGUCAGCAUUAUUGGGUGCUCUUACUGCUCCUCGCUCUGGUACGUUAUUCUUCCGGAGGUCCUUUGUCACAGGAUGCACCAAUUUAUCAACAGUCAGCAUUGACAUCUGACUUUUCACCGCACAGCAUCUUAAAGCGUUCGUUCUUUGACAUUCAAUGCAAAGGCGUGUACGACAAAAGAAUCUUCGCUCGUCUCGAUAGAAUAUGUGAGGAUUGCUACAAUUUAUUCAGAGAACCACAACUCCAUGCCCUUUGCAAGAAAGAAUGUUUCACAACGGAUUACUUCAAAGGAUGCAUGGAGUCACUUCAACUCAACGAUGAGAUCGAAUUGAUACAAACGUACAUUAAGCAAUUGCACGGAGCAGAGCCGGACUUCUAAGACACGUUCAAAAUACUAAUUCAAAUGUGUCCGAAACCAGAUUCCAAGAAAAUAUUAUUUACACAUCAUCACAAUCAAUACAAACUCUCAUCAUCAUACAAUACCAAAACAAUGAACGAAGGACAUCAGUAUUGUUUUCUUUAUAAAUCGAACUGUUUCGGGAGUGGCUUUUUCAAAGGAUGCCUGGAAGCUUUGAUGCUGACGGAGGAAGACGAAAGAUUUUCAAAAAUGGUGCAAUACGUUGGGAAGAAAAAAUAAGUUUAAGAAAAAGAUA